AUGGACGAGUUCCUCGACGAGCUCAAGAAGCGCGAGACGCUCCGGAGCUUCGGCGCGGACGUCGACGGCCCCGCGCCGCCGCGCGCGGCGCCGCCGGCGUACGAGGGGCGCACGGAGGGCACGGGCUACCAGGGCACGACGAACCUCUGCGUCAACAACCUCGCGGCGACGGUGACGGAGGAGAAGCUCAUGCAGGUCUUCGGCGCGUUCGGGGACAUUUUUUCCGUCAAGGUCAUGUGGCCGCGGUCCGAGGACGAGCGGCGCCGGGGCCGCAACCGGGGCUUCGUGUCCUUCCGCACGCGCGAGGACGCCGACGAGGCGCUCAACGCCCUCGACGAGACGUCCAUCGAGGGCGUGCGCAUCGCCCGGACGCGCUGGGACGCGCCGCCGGACUCGGCGCUCGAGGCGGCCCUCGAGUCGACGGGCGACGACGCGACGGACGCCGCGGUGUUCCAGGCGUCCGCGAAGAUUAUAGUAGUGGCGCCGCCCGACGAGCGGACGCGGCGCCUCGUCGACGCGACGGCGCUCUUCACGGCCGCCGACGGCCGCGCCUUCGAGGAGUUCGUGCGCGUGCAGGAGGGCGCCAACCCCGAGUUCGCGUUCCUGUCGCUCGCGGAUUCCGACGACGGCCGCUACUACCGGUGG